UUCAAGGUGUUGCCCUCGGCUGUGUUGCUUCCAUUUCAAUAGUGAUAUUAGCCGUUCUCGCAGGAAUACGGAGCCAAAUUACGAACCUCGAAGUCGUAUGGAACUUACGCAUAGGUUUAUUCUUGACAGCUGUAACGUUAACUACAAGAUUUAUGUCCGCUGUUACAGCAUUCCUGGUACCGGCAAUUCUGGCGGGGAUGCUUUCUUUUGACCAUAUGCCCACUUUGAAUGGGACAGCUAAAAAAUUAUGUCAAUUAAUGGAAGCAUUCAUGUCCCGUGGUCUGUUGAGCACUGGAAAAGCUUGUUUUCACUCUGGAAAAAUUCGGAAACUUUCCAUCCCCUUAGCUUCAGUUUUGGUGUUUCAAUGUGUACUAUCAGCAACUGAUCUGUACCUUCAUGUUACAGCCGUUGCAAGAUCUCAACAAAUACCUGGAAAAAAAAUCUCUAGUACAAGAGCAUUAUACAUAGAAACUAAUUGUUCCAAUAACUUUUACUCUUUCACCUACGGUUCCGUUGGCAAGCCAAAAUGA